AACGACCAGCGAAUUAACAGAAUUAACAGGAAGGAAGGAAGGAAGCGAUCGGAGAAAUCAUGAAAUUCUUAGUCAACGUUGCCCUUGUUUUUAUGGUCGUGUACAUUUCUUACAUCUAUGCGGCCCCUGAACCGGAACCGGCACCAGAGCCAGAGGCGGAGGCAGACGCGGAGGCAGAUCCGGAAGCGGGAAUUGGAGCAGUUCUGAAGGUAUUAACCACAGGAUUGCCCGCCCUCAUAAGUUGGAUUAAACGUAAGAGGCAACAGGGUUAGUCGGAUCCAUCGAUGCCGAUUUAUCGAUCUAUCGAAUCGUCGAAAAAUCUUAUUGCAACUUGAAGUAAACAUGUAUACAUGCUGAUAAUAUAAAUUUUCUCAUUCAUUC